AUUAGCCUCAGCAUCUUUGUCAUGUGCUGAGCUCUCAUGUACUAUUUGUUUCUCCCCUUCUCUCUCUUUAUACUUUCUCAAAACACUUUCAACUCAACUAUGCAUUUGAUUUAAAGUCCCAAUAAAAGUUCCUCUGUACCCCAAAAAAGAGAAACAAUUGGCUUAGUAAAUUGUUAAAAAAGAGGUUUUUACAUAGCCAAAUGAAGUGAGAAUUUUAUUGUUUCCUAUUCACUUGAGUAAAAAAUAUCAAAUACCCAAUUCAUAUUGAACAGAAAUGCAAUGACCCUUUUCAUUUGAGCUCAAGAUUUGGUCAUCUGAAGUUGAAAUCUGGUACUCCUGCUACUUUUGGCUAAUGGUUGGAGUGAAGGUAUUUUAAGCAAAUCAAUGGCUUCAAUUAGAAGAGCAUUGUCCCCAGUACCUCGCCCGGGGAAUAGAAUUAAUGGAGAAGCAUGUUCUGUUGCGUCUCCAUUGUCCAAGUCAUCGUCGUGUAAUCAAAGUUAUACACCAGCUGCAGGGUUUCUGUAUUCUUAUUUUGGUUCAUUGGAUUAUGCAUUCUAUAAAGUUCGGACAUUUGUAGUUGGUAUUUUGUCGCGAAGAUCAUCUAGGCCAUUAGAGAGGUCAAAGUUAAAGGGCCAAAUUUGGAGGAAAGCACUUCUCCAAUUUUUAAUGUGCUUUGUUCUUGGAGUUUUUAUUGGCCUCACUCCAUUUGUUUCUCUGAAUUUGUCAGCAAAUGUAAUGUCGAAACAUAAAACUUUCUCCUUUGAGGUGUUCCACCCUUACGAAAAUGGCAGCUUAUUUGCUGAUGUGUCUAGAAAUAUGACAUCAACUGUAAACAGUUCGGAUUUCCUUGAUAAUUCUACGUCAAGGACUAAUUUAAUAUACAGUGAAUUGAAAGCUGAAACUGCCGUCAAUGUGUCUGAUAACCAAUCGCUGGAUCAAGAUUUGACGGUGUCCAGAAAACUUUUGAUCAUUGUGACGCCAACAGAAGCACGGUCAUUUCAAGCUUACUAUCUAAACCAUUUGGCCCAUGUAUUAAAAUUAGUCCCGCCUCCUUUGUUGUGGAUAGUCGUGGAGAUGGACUUUCAGUCAACAGAGACAGCUAAUAUAUUGAGGAGAACUGGAGUUAUGUACAGGCAUCUCGUAUGCAAGAAGAACUCAACCGAAGUAAAGGAUAAAAGUGUGAACCUAAGGAAUGUGGCACUAAACCACAUUGAAACACACCGUCUUGAUGGGAUUGUUUACUUCGCAGAUGAUUCCAACAUAUACUCAAUAGAUGUCUUUGAACAAAUGCGGCAGAUCAGCCGGUUCGGGACAUGGGUUGUGGCAAGACUAGCUGAAAAUAAUAGGAAAGUUAUCUUGCAGGGUCCAAUCUGUAAUGGCUCUCAGGUUAUAGGUUGGCAUACAGAUGGAGCGGCAAAAAGAUUCCAGAGAUUCUACGCCGAGAUAUCAGGAUUUGCAUUCAAUAGUACAGUACUUUGGGAUCCAAUGAGGUGGAAUCAGCCAACACUAGAGCCCAUUAGGCAGCUCGAUAUAGUUAAAGGUGGCUUCCAAGUGAGCUCAUUUAUUGAACAAGUUGUGGAAGAUGAAAGCCAAAUGGAAUGCUUUCCGACGCACUGCUCAAGAAUCAUGGUUUGGCAAUUUGACACAGAACUGCUCUAUCCGUACCCUCAUGAGUGGUGGGUAAAGAAUUACUCAGGCACUAUUACUGCAAGUGUGUGACAAUAUCGACAUAGACAGACUGCAGUUCUACAGCGUAAACAAGGGAGAAAUAUUUAAGAUUACGAGCAUCUACUACAAAUAUAUAUCCCGACUGUCCGCUGGUCGUUAUAGGAAUGCUGCCUCCCCACUUUUCUUGUUACAAGGGAACAUUUCUGUACAGUUUCUGAGUUCGUCGCACUUUACAGAUCUGGCUAUUAAGUGGAAAACCCCAAUAAGCCAGGUUGUAUACUGAUUGGUGAGAAGAUAUCAUGGUCAUCUACACAAAUGUAGAGUUGCAAAGUAUCCGGCCAAGUCUUUCGACUAAAGAUUUUUCUCAAUACAACUAAAUGGUUCAAUGGAGGAUUCAAACCCCAUUGAGCAGCUUGCAGAUUAGUUGCUAGACUUGUGCAUAGAUAUAUCAAGAUGCUACUUAUUAACUUUGCAAGAUUGACUGUAAUGUUUAAUGCUUUCUUGAUGUAGAUUGUGUACUAGAGGUUUCAUUUUUAUGGCUGUUCUUUUAAAGAGCUAAGGAGAGGUUUUCUUGAUUGUAAGAUGAAAACCACAACGUACCCAAUGUAAUCCCACAAGCGGGGUCUGGGGAGGGUUGUGUAUACGCAGACCAUAUCCCUACCUUGUGGAGAUAGAGAGACUGUUUCCAAUUGUAAGAUGAAAACUAUGUAAUACGAAACAGCCUAGCUAAUCAGAAACGAGCCAAUUCAAUUAA